AUGGCGCCCGCGAGGAAGAGAGUCAUAGACCUUGUAAGAUGCUGUAAAGACACAAUCGUUCUCACUGUGCUCCAGCCUCAUCAGUCACCUAAGUCUGCCUUCAUCAGUGCAGCCAAAAAGGCUCGACUCCGCACCAACCCCCCCAAAGUGCGCUUUUCUGAGCAAGUGUCCAUCAGUGACCCAGACUCAACGAUGCUCAAGGACGACUCUUUGCUUCUUAUACCAAAUGUAUUGAAGGUGUUUUUGGAGAAUGGGCAGAUUAAGUCCUUUACGUUCGACAGCCGCACCACUGUUCGGGAUGUGAUUGCCUCGCUGCAGGACCGCCUUUCUCUGCGAUACAUUGAGCAUUUUGCUUUAGUGCUUGAGGCAGCUGGAAUGGAUCAUCACCAGAGGCUCCAACUGCUGCAGGAGAACCAGCCUCUGACACACGUUGUACACCGAACCUACUUCCAAGGGAUGAAGUGUCUUUUCCGUGUGUGUUUUUUCCCCAAAGACCCUUCAGAUCUGCUGAGGAGAGAUCCUGCUGCGUUUGAGUACCUCUAUAUUCAAAGUCGAAAUGACGUAAUCAAGGAACGUUUUGGUAUUGACUGGAAGUCUGACAUUACUUUACGUCUGGCUGCACUGCACAUUUUCAUCACUGUGUCUUCAGCGAGACCGAGUCAGAAGAUCUCACUGAAGCAUGUAGAGAAAGAGUGGGGGCUUGAACCUUUUCUUCCUCUCACUCUCCUCCCUUUGGUCAAGGAAAAAAAUGUUUGUAAGAGUCUGUCUCAGUUACUGAAGACUUACCAGCACGCCCCGCCAUCUGGAAACAAGGAUGAGAAACAGUCUGCAACAACCCUCCUAGUCGGUCCUCGCCACGGCAUCAGUCAUGUGAUUGACCUUAAAAACAACCUGACCACUGUUCUGGCUGAAUUCAGCAGAGUCUCCAAAGUCCAGCUCUACAGAGAGAGCCAAGGUGUGGCUCGGGUCGAGGUGUCAAUGCACGACUCCAAGCCCCUGGUUCUUCUCAUGGAAUGGCCAGAUGCUACUAACUUUGCGUGUCUGAUCUCCGGCUACUACAAACUGUUUGUUGAUCCAAAGCGAACUAUCUUCUUUCGUAACCCUGCUCAAUCUCAAUUAACUAAGACAGAUUACAGAAGCUCCUUCCAUGGCUACUCCCGCUCUGGAGCGAGCAGCUUGCCCAGUGGAGGGCGGCGAGGGGACGACAGGGAGAGCUCUCACAGGGAGUCGGGCUCACUACGGGCCUCUGCUCCGGCUGAGCCCCAGCACCUUGGACUGUGUCAUGUCCACCUCCGAGAAAGAGACCAGCAUUUCCAGGAGUUUCAAACUGCUACGGAUACAGAACUGGACAUAAACGAGAACUUUAUACCUCAAGACCCAACUGAUCGGCCUCGCACCAAGUCUGAUCCAACCUUACAAAGCACGGAGGAAAUACCAACUGUUCCAGACAUCGCUGUAAAGGAGAAUACGGAGUUUAGAAUACGUGCCCAGGCCGUGAAUCAAUCACAGAAAAACACGCGCUAUUUCUGUGAUUCGUGCAAAGCCCGGCUGAGAGCGGAGGGUGUAGUGAUAAAUAGUAGUGGUAGCUCAGGUAAACACUGCUCCAGUAGUUGUGCCUCUCGAGAUGGAGGUGCUGUUGACCUCACUGCCCUCCCACCCCCAGGAAACGAAUUAGAAGAUGAGGAAGAAGUUACAAAUGGCACAGAGCGGCUACAACUGCCAACACCUGCUAUAGCUGCCCCUCCACCUGGCUUCAGGGACAAUAGCUCCGAUGAGGAUGACACAAAAAGAGGUCGAAAAGCACGAACUGGUCUUGGCUCAAGAAUUGUCGCAGUAAAUGUGGCCCAAGCUAAAGAAGACGUGCCUGUGACACUGAUUGAUAAUGUUUCCACAAGAACUGUCCGUGACCAUGCCCAGGAGCUGGACGAUGCCCUUGUGUCCACCUUGCAGGCCCUGGAGGCUUUGGCUGCCUCUGAGGACUACCCGCAUCAUUCGCAACAGCCGACACAGACUGCAGGUCUGAUUGUGUUGGCUGCCAUUACACCUGAAUCCUCCCUGGACUCAGGGCAUGAGACUAACUCAUCUGAACUCACCGAUGUCUCUGAGAUGAUGUCUGCAAUGAAGCAGAACCAAAGCCAAACUUACCUUUUAGCUCAUCAUAUCAACAAAGACCGCAUUAUCUGUCGGCGCGACUUCCCCCUUGCAAUUCCUGGUUGUACCGCUAAAACUAUAGGAUCAACUAGAAGACCUCAGACUUUAGAGAUCAAGACCACACGGAUUCGCUCCACAAGCCUCGAGUCCCGAAAACCAAGAGGGGAAGCUGGCUCUGGUCUGCCUUCUUCUGUUUCCCACACAGAUGGUAUGGCAGCCCCACAGCAGAAGAAACUGCAGAGGCGGUACAGUUUUGGAGAGCUUGAUAACAAUACUAAUACACCAGUGUAUGCAGAAGUGAAGCCUAAAGCAAAGAGUCUAGAGAAGGAAAUGGAGAGAGUGAGGGCCACAGGACUGCGGCUCCCUACCCCUAUAGAACCAGUGCAUAUAGAAUCACAUCAGGCGGAUGUAAAGGUGAAGAAGGGUGUGUUUUUCAUUCAGGGGGAGGACCAGAGUGAAGGCAAAGAGGGAGCACCAGAGGUGGUACUCACCCUGCCCACUGAGGACAUUCAUGAAAGAGAAAAGUGCUGCUCCUUCUGUUUCUGCUACAGAAAAUGUGAGGCGGCUGAUGAGAGCAGUGAGAAAGAUGAGCUCUCCUAUUCUAUACCACUUCAAGUUUUACCAGGCAUGGAGCUGGACUCGCACACAUUUCCUGUUGUUAGCAAAACUCUCCAGGUUCUGAAUGCUGAGGAUUGUAGUGGUGAGGAAGAGGAGGUGGAGGAAGAGGACCCUCACACACAGGAGAUAGACCUUAGAGCCUGUGGCACUCAAGAGGGAAGCUUAGCACGGGUACAAGCUCUGCAAGAGAAAACCUUCAGCCUCCCCGAUGGCUUCUUAAAUGCACAGUUGGAUGCGAAUGAAUUGCUGGCUAUUCUGCGUCAGUGUGCUAACAGUCCACAAGCAGAGGGAGAGGGUAGGCUCCAGCCGUCACGGAUUACAGAGUACAAGCAGGAGUUAGCAGUUCGCUUCAAAGAGUUUAGAGCAUCAUGCCGCCGUGUGGCUAGUGUUGAGAAAAGUCCCAGUCGGAUGCUUGCUGCUGUCACAGCCAGUUUUCAGGUACUGUGUGAAUUAACACAGACCUUCAUCAAGCUUAUCAGAGGGGUUCGCCCGUCACAGCAGUCUUCUCUGGGACACGGAGGAGCUUCCACUGCUGCACCUGCUCACAGACACAACUCCUGCAACUACAAAAUGCCGAAUAUCAAAGUGUUCAGCGGGAGUUCUCAUCUGGACCUGUCGCAGAAAAUUGCUGAUCGUUUAGGGUUGGAGCUGGCGAAAGUUGUUACAAAAAAAUUCAGUAAUCAGGAAACAUGCGUUGAAAUUGGAGAAAGUGUCCGAGGAGAAGAUGUUUAUAUUGUUCAAAGUGGCUGCGGGGAGAUCAAUGACAACCUUAUGGAGCUCUUGAUCAUGAUAAACGCCUGUAAAAUCGCAUCUGCUUCCCGUGUCACUGCUGUCAUCCCCUGCUUCCCAUACGCGAGACAGGACAAAAAGGACAAGGUGGGGAGCCGGGCACCCAUCUCAGCCAAACUGGUGGCCAAUAUGCUGUCCGUGUCAGGGGCCGACCACAUAAUUACUAUGGAUUUGCAUGCCUCACAAAUACAGGGCUUCUUUGACAUCCCGGUUGAUAACUUGUACGCAGAACCAGCUGUGCUUAAGUGGAUUCAGGAAAACAUCCUUGAGUGGAAAAACUGCAUUAUAGUCUCACCUGAUGCAGGGGGAGCAAAGAGAGUCACCUCCAUUGCAGACAGGUUGAAUGUGGACUUUGCACUCAUUCACAAAGAAAGAAAAAAAGCAAAUGAAGUUGACCGCAUGGUGCUGGUUGGAGAUGUGACCGGCAGAGUUGCAAUUCUAGUUGAUGACAUGGCCGACACGUGUGGUACCAUCUGUCACGCGGCUGAUAAACUCAUUUCAGCUGGUGCAACAAAAGUAUAUGCCAUCUUAACACAUGGCAUAUUCUCCGGGCCAGCCAUCACAAGAAUAAACAACGCUUGCUUUGAAGCCGUGGUUGUCACCAACACCAUUCCUCAAGAAGAGAAGAUGAAACAUUGUUCCAAAAUACAGGUGAUUGACAUAUCAAUGAUCCUCGCAGAAGCCAUUCGUCGCACUCACAACGGAGAGUCUGUAUCGUAUUUGUUCAGCCAUGUGCCCUUGUAA